CCUAACCAACACUCCAUUUCAUUUGAACAUGCCGCAGUUGCAGGCGCAGCAGCCUAGGAUACUGGCAGCGUCGUCGUCGUCGUGGAUGACGAAGGGCAACGCGUCUUGGCUCGCGACAGCGGUCGGUGGAACUGCAUUCGUUGCAGCAUCGACCGCUUCUGCUUGGAUGGUGUAUACGCAUAGAACCAAGAGACUGGGGGGUUCUAUCGUCUCGGGCCUUUUGUCGCCUUUGUUUCGUCGGAGUCGAAGCCUGCGGUCGUCGUCGUCGUCGUCCAAGCCACAGAUAGCAACAGCCCCCAAAUCCUACUACUUGGAUUACAACGGAACGACUCCCAUCUAUCCAGAAGUCUUCGACGCCAUGGAACCUUACCUGAAAGAACACUUUGGGAAUCCGUCGUCUUCGCACCUAUUUGGAACAGAGCCCCGCAUUGCCAUUGAAAACGCGAGGAGGCAAAUACUGACGCAGCUGUUGGGGGUGAAAGAUACCGCCGAAAGCAAUCCGGGCAAGAACGGCCUGGAUCUCUCGGCGGUUUGGUUCACGGGCUGCGGGACGGAAAGCGACAACCUCGCCGUUCGGUUGGCUUUGAUGUCUGCUCCGUCUCGCUCGUCCGCCAGUGGUGGACGACAGAAACAUAUCGUCACGUGCAACGUCGAGCACCCCGCCAUUGAAAACUACCUCCGUUGGCUUGAAGAAGACCAAAGCGACGAAAUCGAUGGCGCGGUUCGUUCGUCCGGAAGCAUCAGGGUCACGCGUGUUCCGGUCAACAACGAGGGAAGGGUUUCGGCGGAAGAUGUCCUGAAAGCCAUCACGCCCGAUACGGUCUUGGUGACCCUGAUGCUCGCCAACAACGAAUCGGGGGCCCUCCAGCCCGUCAAAGAAGUAGCGGAAGAGUGCCGGAGAAGGGGUGUCUUGUGCCACACAGAUGCAGCGGUGAGUAGCAAACACACGCAUUUUAUAGCAUGUAGCAAGAACGAAUAGAAUAGAAGCGUGCCGCGGAAAUCAUGAUACAGGCAAGCAGUCACCAUGGAUUAUUUGUCGGCUCCAUCGAAUCUAGUCAUAGUUUGUCGCGUGGAAUCGACGGAAUGAAGUGGUAUCGUACUGUGCCUUGUUCUCGACUACUUACAUUAGGGAAGAAGGUAAUUCACCAACACAACCUGAAACCCGCUCAUCCAUCUCGUUGAAAUCUCUACUCUCUGUUUCUUCAUCUUCUUUUCAUACAUUCACAGCAAGCGGUAAGCACUAUUGAUUCGUUUGCACCACAUUGGUUCGUUCCGUUCCAUUUGUCUUCAUUGUUAGAGGAAUCUUCUCAAUCCAUAAAACUAUCAGAUCGUGUCGUGCUUACCUUGCCUUUCAUUCGUUCUUGUCGCUAUUGGAUCGUCGUCGUUUCUUCUCUCCUAAAUUCUUGCUAUCAUAGGCUGGCAAGGUUUCAAUCCACUUGAGUGAUAUGGGCAAUCCCGACAUGGUGACAAUCGUCGGCCACAAAAUCGGGGCACCAAAGGUAAGGAAGCUGGACUCCAGUUCAUCCGAUUUGAAUAGUCUCUAGGAAUUUGUGGAAUGGUACAGUCCUUCCUUGCCUACACAAGAUGGUGCCAUUCCAUGCCGACCGGUUGCAUACUAGCUGAGCCGGGAGACGACGUCCUUUGCACUACCACCGACCGAGCUGACACAUUCGUUUCUCCUCGUUUCGUCGUUCCACACAUUCCGCCUCCCGGCGAUUCGAUUUGUCGCGUGUUGCUUUGUUUUUUAGGGAAUCGCGGCGCUCUACGUCCGGCCGGGUUGCCUGAACGAACACGGGCGCGCCUUCCGGGCCAACCAGAGCGGGGUCCUGCUGAUCGGCGGCGGACAGGAAUUUGGGAGGCGGGGCGGGACCGAGAACACCCCGUACAUCGUUGGCCUGGGCCGGGCGGCCGAGCUGGCCCAGGAGCACCUGGAGCGCAACGCGGCCCACACGGAGGAGCUCCGGGGCCGGCUGCUCGACAACCUGGAGCGCAGGCUGGGGGCCGCCAGGGUCCGGGCCAACGGCCCGGGGGAUCCUUGCCAGCGCUUGCCCAACACCCUGAGCGUCGGGCUGGACGGGAUCCGGUCCAGCGACCUGCUGUCGAGCGUGGGGCACGUGGUAGCCGCCUCCGCGGGCGCGGCCUGCCACAGCUCCGGGGGGUCGAUCUCCUCCGUUCUGGUGGCCAUGGAGGUACCCGAGUCCUUUGCCCGGGGAACCCUUCGGCUGAGCGUCGGGCCGGGAACCACCCUCGGGGACGUCGACGAGGCCUCGGAGAUUAUUGCCCGGGCCGCCCUGUCGCAGUGGGGGGAGGAAGGCCGCGCGUAGCAGCCUCUGUUUUGCCCGGGGGGUGGACGGGGCGCCGCAGCACGCAUACAAGACGAAACGAAUACCCCGAUGCACGACGCACUAUUCCGUGUGUACGAACCACACAAAACGCCUAGGCCUUUUGGAAAGCCGGCCGAGAAAACAAAAUGCGCUAUCGAAA